AUGGGCGGGCAAGUGAGCUCGGCCGGCUCCUUCGGCGGCCUGCCCUGCGCCUCCAAGGCGAACGCGGACUGGAUGUCGGCGCUGAGCUCUCAGCUCUGGGACGUGCCGCUGCACCAGCUCUCCAUCCCAGGGAGUCACGACACGAUGACCUACUGCCUGAACAAGAAGUCGCCCAUCUCCAGCCAGGAGCCGAGGCUGCUGCAGCUGCUGCGCAAAGUGCUGCCUUGCGUCACCCUGCCCGUGGUGCUCAAGUGGUCCACCACACAGGUGCUGAGCGUCACGGAGCAGCUGGACGCGGGCGUGCGGUACCUGGACCUGCGGAUCGCACACAUGGAGGAGGGCUCCGAGAGAAACCUGCACUUCGUCCACAUGGUGUACACGACGGCCCUCGUGGAGGACACACUCACGGAGAUCUCCGAGUGGCUGGAGGGCCACCCCCGGGAGGUGGCCAUCCUGGCGUGCAGGAACUUCGAGGGCAUGACGGAGGACCUGCACGAGUACCUGGUGGGCUGCAUCAAGAACAUCUUCGGGGACAUGCUGUGUCCCCGCGGGGAGGUGCCGACUCUGCGCCAGCUGUGGUCACGGGGCCAGCAGGUCAUCCUGUCGUACGAGGACGAGGCGUCCGUGAGCCGGCACGCGGAACUGUGGCCCGGGAUCCCCUACUGGUGGGGGAACAAGGUGAAGCCCCAGGACCUCGUCCACUACCUGGAGCGCAUGAAGAGCUGCGGCCGCCCAGGCGGGCUGUUCGUGGCCGGCAUCAACCUCACGGAGAACCUGGAGUUCAUCCUCGUCCACCCGGCCUGGUCGCUGCAGAAGCUGACCCUCUCGGGGCUCCCCUACCUGUGCGCGUGGGUGCGGGCCCAGUGCCCGGGGUCGGCCGCCGGCUGCACCAACAUCAUCGCGGGCGACUUCAUCGGGGCCGGCGGGUUUGUCAGCGACGUCAUUGGGCUGAACCGGAAGCUGCUUCGGGGCUGA